CAGGAAUCGAAUCAUCGUGGAGCAAACUGGCUGUCUUCCUUCUCUCGCUCGCUCGAUCGAUCGAUCGAUCGAUCCCUCGAGCUUUCCUGUCUUCGAUCGCCGAAGGAAUCUAUCUCCCAAUCCCUUGAAGAAAAAGAUCGGCGGUUGUUCUUCGUGCCUGCCUCUCUGUCCCUCUUCCCUUCCGCGGGAUUCGGUCUUCCCUUUCCACAGACCAGACCAAGAAGCCUCCUCGAUCAUCCAAUUAUGCCAUGCUCUCUUUAAGGGGUUUCUGGGGCAGGUACAGGAGGAAGAUUCUGAUCUCCCUCGGAGUGUUGGGAAGCGGUUAUUUCGUGUACAAGCUCUAUGAGAGUCACAGCAGGAGACUGUCGGACUUGGAGCGGCAGCUCGACGGCGCUCGACAAGUCGACGAGCUCAUCAAGAAACAAUUGCACGCGCAUUUCGAGAACAUCCAGAGGAUUUCGGACACGACCACGCUGCCGUACGCGAUGCACUACCUGCGAUCCAGGAUAUCGGAGGAUUUGGACCUCUCACACCUGACGGAGAAACUAAUGCAGGGGAAGGGUCAUUCGAGCUCUCUCGCCGUCAAGGAGAAGCUCGAGCUGUGGGAGAGACUUAAAAUUCUAAGCUUCACAAGAACGGCAGCUUCACUGUGGUCGAUGACAGUGCUUUGCUUAUACGUGAGAGUUCAGGUUAACAUUUUAGGGAGACAACUCUAUGUUGAGAUUGCACGUGAUUCUGAGAAUUCUGAGGCUCUGGAUGAGAUUGAUUCAUUUGGUAGGCAUAGUCAACAAGACUUUCUAGCAACUGCAGAUUAUCUUGCUACCUAUGGAAUUAAUUCACUAGUUAUGAACAUGCAGAGUGCUGCUAGGGAAGUUCUAAAAGACAAGCAGCUUAAGGAGCCUUUUACUGCUGUCCAACUGCGUGAAACGAUGAUCCAAAUUCUGCAGAGGUUCAUGAACAUUGGUGAACCAAAUUACUGGUUAAGUUAUGUGGUACCUGAAAAUGUUAAUGACUACAAGCAACAGAUGGCCAUGUCUGACACUGGAUUUGAUGAUUCCUCUAUUAUUAUGGAUGCCAGCAAACUUGAGCAUCUAUUAUUUGAGACUCGGGCUGUGCUUUCCAGUCCUGAUUUUAGAAACGUCUUGGAGAUAUCUCUCAACAAGGUAGUUGAUAUCCUGACCGAGGAUGUAGGCAUACAUGUUGGAGGGACAAGCUCUUCAGGAGUUCCCUUGGCCAAACUAUUGCCGCAAAUCACAUGGCUAAGCUUGCCUCUACUCGGUGAGCCCGGCGACAACAAAUUUGUGCAGUCUGUUCGAAGCUUACCGGAGGUUGAACUAUUCUACACUCUUCUUUAUGCAAACAUGCCAUUGGCAACUUAAGUGAAUUAGGAAAUGAAACUGAUGAUUUUAGUUGAUGCAACUGCUCUUUGUAAAAGCUGCUCUCUUGCGCAUCCAUUGGAGUCUCAGCAAUCUGGGAUGAAUAAGUGGAGAAGGAAGUUGUGCACAAGUCUGUUAAAUUGUAUAUGUAGUGAUUAUUCUUUUGUCAGUGGUUUUCAAUAUUGAGUUUCCAUUGA